CAGACCUGAAGUAAAAUCAAAAGAAACGUUAUUAAAAGAGGGGGAUGCCUAACUUAUGGAUUUGAACAGUUUCCUAGCCACCAGUUUAAACGUUUUCAAAAGAAAGUCUUGCAUAUUUAACAAAGUUUUUUUUUUUUUAAUUAAUAUUUUAAGAAGUAAAAUAAUUUUGAGCAUUGCUGCAACUUACGUUGAGCAACCUACACAACUUUCGAAGCCAUAUUUAUAAUGAGCAGAAAAGAAAUACUACAACUUAAAUCUACUUUGAACGUCGAAGAUGAAAAGGACGGAAAUUAUUUCAAUUCAAAAAUCUUCCAUAUCCGAGAUACACUGAAUGCAGCAUAAGCCUCUGUAAACGUGCGGAGAAUUCAAAGACCUGGACUGGAGUUUUCUGGCGGCACUUGGUCUGGCUCGGACAACUCUGGCAAAUAAUCGAUUAGGAACGUCACUGAGAACUCUGUCUUCUGCAAUCCUCAGAGCCGAAAAUGUCUCUAUAUGGCGGGAAAUCAGUGGAUCACAAGGCUAAGGAUGCGUUUGUGAGAGUGCGGAAGAGGGAUUUAGAGAAAUUAACGACAGAAGUGAUGCAGCUGAGGGAAUUCCUGCCCCGAGUUCUGAAUGGUGAUCUGACUGAAAUGCUUCACAAAGCCCAGAGAGCAGAGACAAAAAAGGAACACCUGGAGCAGGAACAGAAUCAGCUGAGACAGGACUGCUCACAUUUUCAGUCCCGGCUGGAGGCAGCGCACUCUGAAUGUCAGAAGGAAAGAGAGGAGAAGUUACUGUUGCGUGAGCAGCUGUGGCAGAGCGGAGUGGAGCUGCAGCAGCAGGCCGACUUCUGCGCCACCCUGGGAUCCGCAGCGUGCAGCCUUCUGUGGAGCGGCUCUUCCAGGGAGGAGACGGUGACUACCUGGCUGGCUGAUGGAAAGCUCCCCUCCUUCCUGACUGUUGCUGCUCAGACUCUGGAGAGUUUCGUCAAGUCCAUGGACGACGAGAUAAAAACUCAACCCGGGGACCACAACUCUCAAGAGCACCAGUUUGUGUUAGCUCUGGUUGGGACAAUCACAAAUAUAGCAGCAGUAACAUCUGGGCGGGAUUUCCUGUCCAGCUCAGGACACGUCCUGCUGGACACGCUAAUGAAGCUGCUGCAGGUGAUGAGGCCUGUCAUCUUCCCCAAACUGAAAGUGUUGAUGCUGAUGGCUUUGUAUAAUGUGAGCAUCAGCAUUAAAGGACUAAAGUUCAUCAUUGAGAAUAAAGAUCUCAUUCCACUCAUCUGGACGCUGUUGGAUGAUGAGAACUGGGAGGUGUGUCUCCACUGCCUGCGCCUCCUCCAGUCCGUGCUGCUGGAGGAGGAUGUUGUGCUGCUUCUCGGCUCCUCCUUGCUGGAUCCGGAGCUCCAAGCUCGGGUUGGCCGGCUCACCUCCAGCCUGCAGCCCAGCCUGAAGGCCACAGCUCAGCAAACCCUGGAGGACCUGCAGGCCCUCCAAGGUACACAACCCUGCUGUAAAGAUGGAAAUCUGUUAAACAUUUGGCUCUUCUCCGUGUGUUUACAAAGCUGUAUGUGUGUUCCAGGUCUGGUUAGAUAAACCCAGAAGUGUGAACUCUGGAUUCUGCAUCUUCAGUUUGCUUGUCGUCACCCAUUGCUGUCUUUCAGUUAGAUUUGAGCUGACCUUUAGGGGUCUGAAUUGAUUGAUUUUAUACUUCUAUUGCUACACUGUUCUUCAUUAAUAUUCAUGGUAUGUUUAAUUUAUUUAUUAACCAUAAAGAUGAUGGUUACACUCCACAGAGAAUUGUGUUUCUGUUGUUGUUCUGCUUUUCAGCCACCUGCAAGGAGGUACUCAUCCCAGUACUCAUCCAUCCAUUGUACACCUACUUAUCCUUGCACCAAUCCAACAUAGAGAAAUAUAAGUUAUAAUGUUAAUUUUAACUGGUGUGUAGGCAUCAAAAAUGAUGAGAAAGUUUCUAUCCCGGAUAGGCCUGUCGCAAUAAACAAUUAAUCAUACCAUAAAUUAAAACUAUCGAUGCCAUUUUAAUUAUCACCUUUAUUGUCUCUUAUGGCCUGAUCAGGGUUCGCCAGCUUUACAGCUGUCCAUCUGACUAACUAAUAAUGUAAAAGAUUUGAAAACAAUAUUUACACCACAUGGUGGUAGGAGCAUCCACAACAUGUAGAACCAUCAUGUUAAGGCGAAAUUCAACUACUGUAGAUCCUAGAGAUAUGUUUCACUAAACAUUGUAUCCAAGCAGUUUUUUGAGGUGGUGUUUAUGGACUACACUGAUACUGUAAUGACACAAACUGUUGCAACCUUGUAAGACU